GUGUGUGUGUGUGUGUGUGUGUGUGUGUGUGCGCAGCUCCAUCUGAUUCACUGGAACAGCACUCUGUUCAACUCUCUGGAGGAUGCUCUUGGGAAGAAGAAUGGAGUCGUCAUCAUAGCUCUGUUUGUGCAGAUCGGUAAGGAGCACCUGGGUCUGAAGGCCAUCACCGAGGUUCUGCAGGACCUGCAGUACAAGGGGAAGAGCAAGAUCAUCCCCUGCUUCAACCCCAACACUCUGUUACCUGACCCUUUGCUGAGAGACUACUGGGUGUAUGAAGGAUCUCUAACCACUCCACCCUGUAGUGAAAAUGUGACCUGGAUCCUCUACCGCUACCCCCUCACCAUCUCCCAGCUACAAGUAAGGCCUUGUGUGUGCUGUCAGUCUGAAGACUUCAGUCUGAAACAUGAAGAAAUAAGUGUGGAGUAAGAAAGUUCACCAGAC